AAAUUACAAGUUAGGAUUAUUUCUGCACAAAAUCUAAUGGCAGCUGAUGUAAAUGGUAAGAGUGACCCAUAUGUAAAGAUUAAAUCAGACUGUAUAAAUUUAAAAGCAACUAGGGUUAUUCAAAAGAAUUUAAAUCCAGUUUGGGACGAAACAUUAAUUAUUGAAAUUGAAAAUCCUGCAAAAGAUUGUCUUAUAUUUGAAGUUUAUGACGAGGAUUUAAUAGGUGAUGAUGACUUUUUAGGUUAUACUAGUGUAGAUUUAAGUUUAUUACCAUUUGGUACAUCAGUAACUACUAUAGAAAAACUUUCGUAUGCCAAACAUGGGACCAUAGAAAUUGAACUUAAAGCUUUAGAUUUUGGUGUUACUAAUAUCCCAUUAUCAUAUAUCCCUACAUAUUGCACUUGGAGAAAGGACAUAAAAGGCAUUACAAGAAAAAAUUUUAAAGAGAUUAAAAAAUCAGCAAAGAAUUCAAAGAAAGAUUCAGGUCCAUACUAUGGUAAAAUUACAUACUCUUUAGAUUAUAAAUUUUAUUAUGGUUACAUCAAAAGAAGAAGAACAAAAGGUGAAGUUGCAGGAGAUAUUGGAAAAAAGACAUUAAAAGUAGUUGGA